CUGAGUCACGCCCACCGGCCCAAGGGACAUUGUUGCACAGAUUUGCAAUUAGGUUAUUUUCAAGGGCUAGGAACGAUGGUGCGCGCAUUCGUCUAUUUGGCACCUAUCCUGGGCUUCGCCAGCGCCUGGCAGCACUCCAGGGCUGGCUGCCAGCGCGGCAGGGUCGUCCUGAAGGCUGAGGAGAAGCCGUGGGUGCCGCCGACGCCGGCGGACUGGCAGGAGGACAAAGCGGCGCUUGGCUCGACGCCAUCCUGGCUAGCGUCGGCGGCCGCGCCGCCGGCCAAGGCGGCAGAAGCCGUCGCAGCGCCCACCGCGGAGGCCUGGCGCCAGACGUGCGACAGCGACGGCGUGGUGUCGUGGUACGGCUUCGGCCUGCGGCUCAGCGCCGCCGCCCCCGCCGAGGCGCCGGCGGCGGCCGCCGCGACCGAGGCGCCGCCGAGGAUCGCCACGACGGUCGCGACGCCGGAGGCGUCGGCGGCCAUUGCUCAGUCGGAGGCGCCGGAGGCGGCCAUGGCACCGGCGGGCGCGGCCGACGGGCCCAUUUCGACGGUGGCGGGCGUGGCCGUGCUCGCGGCGGGCGCCACCGCGCUGGGCCUCGACGCCGAGCUCGCCGCGAUCCUCGCGGCGGGCGCUGCCGCCGCGUCCCUCAGCAACGAGGAGUCGAACUUCGCCCAGCUGACGCGCUCCGUCGGCAAGCUCGCGCGGGCCACGGCCCAGCCCGUCGUCGACGGCGUCUCCGACGAGCUCGCGCGCCGCGAGCGGGAGAAGCCGGCGCGGGACCUCUUCCCGAGCAACGACGCCGGGCGCGUCUUCCAGAAGCCCGCGCCCGCGCGGAAGCCGGCGCCCGAGCCGACGCCCGCGCCCGCGCCGGCGUUCAGCCUCUUCGGCGGCGGCAAGCCGGCCGCGACGCCCGCGCCGAAGCCCGCGGCCCCGUUCUCGUUCGGCGCCAAGCCCAAGCCCGCGGCGAAGCCGACGCCCGCGCCCGCGUCAAAACCGGCGUUCGGCCUGUUCGGGUCCAAGCCGGCGGCGACGCCCGCGCCGGCGCCGAAGCCCGCGCCGGCGCCGAAGAAGGCGCCGUUCAGCCUCUUCGGCGCCCCGAAGACGCCGGCCGCGCCGCCGCCGCCGCCGCCCAAGAACAACUGGCUCAGCUUCGGGAAGGCGGCGAAGGCGCCGCCCGCGGAGAAGCGGCCGCCGCCCGCCGCCGGCGCCGGCAAGACGAACUUCGUGCCGCCGGCCCUGCGCAGCGCCGCGGCCGCCUCGCGAAAAAAGUCGGAGGAGCAGCAGCGCGCGGCCGAGGCGUCCCGCAAGCGCCGCAACCCUUUCAUCCGGAAGUGA